CAGUAACGUCCGCGAGAUGGCAAGUUAGCGGCAGUGGUUUCCGUGGUCGGCACGGGCGGCCCUCGUUUUCUGUCGUCUUCAUCGCGUCGUUCUCGUCGUCAUCCUCGUCUUUGCCGCGAUCGUUUUUUCCUUUUCCCCUUUUAAGACGAAAAAAAGACUGGUUUAAUUCCCCGUUCGGUUCGACGACGCGUUGACACGAGUACGAAAAGGAGUUCAGAGUCGCUGGAGGAUCCGCUAGGAAACGAGAGCCAGGUGGGAGAUCCGUGACCGCGAGCGAUGCGAAAUAGUGACAGGUUACGAACAAUUUGUUGAAAGUGGGAGAGGAUUAUCGAAGGAAGGAGAAAAAGGAAAAAGAAAAAGAGAAAAAGGAAAGAACGGAAGGAAGAGAGAGAAAAGAAAAAGGAGGGAGAGAAGUAGCGGUAGAAUGAAGCACCGCGUACACGAGGAGUAGGGCGACGGCAAGAAACAACGAGGUGGGCAGACAGGGCAGGCAAAGGUGGGCAGGUAGCGUAAACGGAAAACGGCCGGCGGUUAAAGAGCCACGAAAAAGUAACCGGGAUUCGGGAUACCGUCACCGUCAGUCGAGUGCGACCGCGUGCACGGGAAACUGUCGUCGAGGUUUCAACGUUGUUUCUCCUUCCUCUUUUUUUCCUUUUCGCUCUUUCGCUCCCUCAUUUCCCUCUUUCUCUCUUUUUUUUAUCCAUUCUGUGUUUUUUUCCCCUUUUUUCCUUCGCCUCCUUCCAUCAGGGAUACGCGCUCGCGACGGAGAGGAGGAAGACGCGUCGAUGAACGAAGGCAUAUCUAUCCUAAUUCGCGUUUGCUUGCCUCUAAUAGCAAACAGUGAGCCGAACAGCGUAUUCCGACCAUUUCGCGACACAUCGAGGGAAAAUAACGUAAACGAAGUCCCGUUAAUCGCAGGCGGGCAACGUGCUCGUUUCUUUACAUGUACCGUCGGUCGGUCGGGCGAGAGGAAAACGGGACCGGUGUGAAAAUUUGAAAAGUCAAGUGAGAAGCCGGCAACUGUACGGUGUUCGUGAGCGAAUACGCUGAUAAGACGAGAAGAUAAGAACGGGAACAACGAGGAAAACCAGACUCGAGGCAAGAUGACGAGUAUAGUAGCGAAUCUGGUGCACGGGUACAGGGACCUGAUGGAUAACAAGUCCGAUCCUCGGGUGAAUACUUAUAUCAUGAUGGGCAGUCCAUUUCCGACGAUAGCGAUAUGCCUAUUUUACGCUUAUUUCAGCAAGGUUUUGGGACCGAGGCUAAUGGAAAAUAGAAAGCCUUUCAAACUUCGGAAGAUCCUGAUAGGGUACAACUUGUUUCAAACAAUAUUCUCCACAUGGAUCUUCUACGAGUACUUGAUGAGUGGCUGGGCGAAAGGAUACAGCUUCCGGUGCCAACCGGUCGACUAUUCGUACAGCCCGAUAGCGCUACGAAUGGUGAACACAUGUUGGUGGUACUACAUCAGUAAAUUCACCGAGUUGUUCGAUACCCUCUUUUUCAUACUGAGGAAGAAAACUCAACACGUGUCGACGCUGCACGUGAUUCACCAUGGAAUAAUGCCCUUCUCCGUUUGGCUGGGGGCAAAGUUCGCGCCAGGUGGCCACAGCACUUUCUUCGCCCUUCUGAACACUUUUGUUCACAUCAUUAUGUACUUCUACUACAUGGUGGCCGCGAUGGGCCCGGAGUAUCAAAAGUACAUCUGGUGGAAGAAGUACCUGACUACCUUCCAAAUGGUGCAAUUCGUGUUGAUCAUGAGUCACCAGUUCCAGCUGUUCUUCACAGAGUGCGAUUAUCCUCGUACCUUUAUGAUCUGGAUCGGUCUGCACGGCUUGCUAUUCCUAGGACUGUUCUCGGACUUUUACAAAGCGAAGUACGGUGACAGAUCGAAGUCGAAACAGAGUGCGCAAAACGGAUCGUCGACGGGCGUGUGUAUGCCGAUCCUCGAGGACAAGUCGACGCCGCGGCAAAACGGCGUCUCGUCGUACGCGACGAUCUACAACAAGGAAUACAACAGUUGUUACAGCAACGGGACGAACAACGGCUACGUUGCCAACAACAACACGGAGAAGAAACACGCUUAAGACGGUCCCCUCCGUGUGUUUUAUAAUUGUAGAACAACAAUAGCCGGGACAGGACAAACACGCGUAAACAUGUACACACAAAUACACACGAAAUAUUAUUUAAUUGUAUCAUUCAAUCUCGCGUCCUCGACGUUUCUUCAAGGAUCUUGCAACGGCUCCGCGUUCAACGGACCGACCGUUUGUUUGUUUUCUUCUUUAUUCCUCGUCGCGAGGAUGCUACGCGCGCGAGAACAAACGAUGCUAGUUAAGAAUAAUUGCGGAUUCUGUGUUCAUAAUAAAAAACGCGCGCACAGUCGUCGACGAGAGAUCUGCUGAACGCUUUAAAUUAUUUCGCGUUAACACUGUCAACGGGCUGACGAUCACGGUUCUCCCUCUUCUUUAUAUGCUGGAUCAAUCGACAACAGCGAGGACCUACUUAACCCUUUCGUUAUGACUAUACUGUGCGUUGAAAUUGAUCGUAUCAACGCCGCUAGUGUGAUCGAGACAAUAUUUAUGUACCUAACUAGCACUAUUGUAAUCUUCAAGGUUAAAUUGCUCUCUGCGUGUUUCUUGGAUUCAAUUUUAUUAGCGAGGUUUAGGGGAUUUCUUUUCUUAGGUUAUGCGGUGAAAUUUUUCUUUAGCCACUAUAGUGAUCGAGACUGUUAUUUGUUAUGCUAUAAUGGUUGGAACUUUACAGUUAGAUCUUUAAUUAAAUUUAAAUAAUUUGUCAUCGCGUUCGGACUUAUUUAGACCUGUGUCUUCAGAGACUAGUUAAAAGUAGUGAAUUAUGUGUGGAGGUCUCUCCAACUAUUAUAGUGGAUGUUGCAACUGAUCUGUAAUUCGGAGAUUUAUGGGUAUAGCCAGACUUCCCCUUAAAAAUAAAAUAUAGCUUUUCUUCUGUCCCAGAAGAAAACAUCUUCUCUUUCCUAAAUAAAAACUAAAUUAUAAUUGCAUUUAUUAAUGUUUUCAAUACGAUGAAAUUUACGUUGAGUUAAAUUUUGUCUAUGCUGUGAUAACCUGGCUAUUACCCUGCGAGUUUCGUUUGUCUAUAGUGGCUACAUGCAGACACUUGAAAACAGUCAACUGAUAUAUGAAUUUAAUACAAUUGUAAAAAUUGGACAAUGAAUCUUUUUUAUAUUGUAUACUAUUGUACCAUGUGUCGAAUUAAAUUUCAUGGUUGUAUAGAUUCGUUGACGAAUAAUUUUCUGUGUCUAAUUGUUUACUAUAAAUGUGGAGAAACGUUACGCUUAAUCUACCGAUAUUGUGGUCAAAUUAUUUCUGUAGAAAAUUUUUGUGCGUGUGACGAUUAUAAACGUAAGAGAAAAUUUUCCAAAUACAUUUUAGCAGAGUAUGUAGCACUCGAAUAAUUGAUAAACAUUUUUAUAUUAAAUAUGUGAUAUGAAACUCGUACUCGCGCACAUUUGAAAAACAUAGUAAGUUAAUUAAAUUAUUUCUAUUCCUUUUUCCGUGCCAUAAGUGGCAAAAAAUUAAAAUAUGACUGGUUCCAAAAUGGUCGCUGUUAAUUUAUGUAAUUGUUAUAAACAAAUGAACUAUCACUUUGACUUUGAAUCAAAUCGUCUACUGUAAAUUUGAGGAUAAAAUAAAGGUUCCAGUCACCCAUGGUGUCCAAACAAAUAAGCAGAUAAACUCAAUUUGUUAACGUUAAGAGUUUAGACCAAUAAAAAUUCUGCUGACAAAAAGGAAGUAAAAGAGUCUGAACAACAACGUCUAAGAUUAAAGAACGAUGUACGCUACAUAAAUGAUUUACAAAAUUA